AUUUUCAUAACUAAUGAGUGAGUUUAUGUCAAAUAAGUUGAAUUUAUAUGUGAUGCGUAUAUGUGUUAAUAUUUUGUAGGUUUUUGCUACUCGGGAGGAGCUUUUGGAUUGGGCUAAGAAUGUAGGAAAGCAACUAGGCUUUGUGAUCAUUAUUAGAAGGUCUGAUUGUGGGAGCAAGGGUCGUGGGAGUAAAGGCAGACAGUUGGCUAUUUUGGUGUGCGAGAUGAGCGGCAAGUACAAACCGUACAAGCCUGUGUUGGUGCGGAAGGGGACAGGAACCAAGAAAUGUGAUUGUCCAAGUGUGUGAAGGAAAAGUGCAAGCUCACUAUCCAAGACAAGGAGAUGUGGGACGAUGUCAAGGACGCAUGGAAUAGAGUCAUGUAUGCCGAGUCAGCGGAGGAGUUUAAUGCAGGCAUGAACUUCUUACGUUCACUUGUUGGGGAGCACUCUGACCUCAUGAAUUACAUUAAGGAAACUUGGUUGCCGUUUAAGCACAAGUUUGUGAAGUAUGCGAUUGACCGUUAUGUGCACAUGAGUAACACAACUACAAACAGGGUUGAAGGUGCACACGCAAAACUGAAAGUGUGCUUCAAAGAUAGCAAGAAUCACAUGUGUGCGGCUGGGGCAGCUAUACAUAGGUGCACACUUCUCCAACAUACAAGGAUUAAUGCUGCUUUUCAGGCAAGUAUCUUCAUCAGAGAGCAUACAUUUAAGGAGAAGUUGUACGAUAACCUGCGUGGUGUAGUCUCAAGAUAUGCCCUCAUGUUGAUCGCAAAGGAGAAAGCGCGCAUCGGAAAAUGCGGCUGCACUAUCAGGAGGACACACGACCUGCCUUGUUCAUGUCGCCUUGGUAUGAUGACCACUAUUCCAUUGACGCAAGUGGACCAACAUUGGAGGAGGCUUACAUCAAUAUCUGCACCUGAUGAAUCCCAACCUGUUUUGGGAUUGAGCAUUGCGACAGAGUUAGAGGUCAUUGCAAAGAUGUUUAAAGAAGCUAAUGUUUCCAGAAGACAAGCUAUUAAAGAGAGGCUUCGGGAGAUUGCAUACCCGGAUCAGAAUUCUAUGUGUCCUCCUCCAAACAAGUUGCCUACAAGGGGUCGGCCCAAUGAACCUAAGGCUUCUACUAGACGCAUUCCUUGUUCUUGGGAGAAUGUUGUUGCAAUAGCUGGGUCAAAGCAAGCUAGCAACUCAUCAGCUCCACAAGACAAGGCGCGUAAGACCCGGUCUGAAAAAUGGAAGAGCAUUCCUUCGAAGCAAUCUGCACCUAAGAAGAGAAGCAAGAGGAUAGCAAGCAACUCAGCUAAGCUCCCGCCAUAGCACCCGAAAGGCAAAGUUUACUCGGUCAACUACAUCUAUGAAGUGCCCGAAUUCCUCCGUGAAUAUGUCAUUGACAUUCACAAUGUUGAAGAUGAUGACAAUUGUGGAUAUAGAUGCAUUGCUUCCUUGAUGGGUAAUGGAGAACAAAAUUGGCGUCAAGUCCGAAAAGACAUGAUAAAGGAGCUUAGAUUAUGGCAAGGUGUUUAUCAUGGUAUGUAUGGCACUGACACACAUUACGAAAAAGUAUUACAAGCCUUGCAUCUUGCACCAAAUGAGUUUGCAACGGAGGAGGAGUGGUUAUGCGUGCCGGAUAUGGGCCACAUUGUUGCUACGAUGUACCAGGUUGUGUUCGUGACCUUGUCGAAUCGGGGGGGCGCCACCUACUUCCCUCUCACCGGUCCAGUGCUACAUCUGUCAGAGCACAAGAUUUUAUGUUUACUUCUUGUCAACAACAACAACCAUUGGGUGAAGGUGCUUAUUUCAAGUGGUUUUUCUUUGCCAACGGUUAAUCCACAAUGGAUGUAUUAUUGUACUGUUGAAGCUCGUGGUUGGCAACUACCAUACCUGGAUCGCAUGGCCCUAUUCAACAAACUCUCUCGAGAGGCAAAUGUAGACAACAUAAGAUCGAUGGAAUUAUAAAUCUCGCUGAAGAUUAGUUUCGUGAUGUUGUAGUAGUCCAUUUGCAAAUUUUCAUAUUAGUUGUAAUGUAUCAAUGAUAGAUUAUAAUGUAAGAUUUAACUUGAAGUUUAUAAUGUAACAU